AUGGCCAACGCUACCAUCCGAGGCGCGGUCAGCAUCCACGGUACCAACCCGCAAUUCCUCAUUGAGAAACCUGUCCGCGCACGGAUCUAUGAAUCACCCUACUGGAAGGAACACUGCUUCGCCCUCUCGGCCUCCACCAUCCUCCCGCUCGCCACAUCUCUCCACCACAUCGGCGGCCUAGUCGGCUUGCAGCGACCCUCACACUUCCUCUGCCUACUCCAAAAACUGCUCCAGAUCCAACCAGAACCCGCUAUCGUAAACGCAUACCUUAACGCACGCCAAUUCAAAUAUCUGCGCGCACUCGCGGCGUUUUACAUCCGACUCACGUACAAGUCCACCGACAUCUACACCCUCUUGGAACCGCUGUUGGAAGACGGAAGAAAGCUCAGGUGGAGGGGCAGUGGCGGAGAGUUUUCGAUCGUGCAUAUGGACGAGUGGAUCGAUAUGCUGCUGACCGAGGAAAGGGUAUGUGAUAUCAUCCUGCCCAGAUUGACCAAGAGGGAUGUGUGCGAGACGCGGGAUGGCUUACCUCCAAGGAUCAGCAAGCUCGAAAUUUCACUGCUGAAAGCUGUUCAGUCCGGCGGAGAGGCAGCGCAAGACGGCGAGGUGAGCAGUGGCAGCGAUGACAGUGACGAUAGCUUGGCAGACGUCAAACGGUGGAAGUUGCAGCGACUCAAGCAGUCUGUACAUGUGUCGCGGAGCAAGGAGGAGUUGGGAACGGAAGGCGCAUAUGACGGUGCGCAAGAGGCGUACACCUCACAAGAGGAGUCUGACGACGAAGAUGGGGCAGCAACGAAGAGAAGAAGAUUCAUCUCGCCCAGUCCGAGCGUUUCUCCCGAUCGACAAUUGCCGACAUCAGUUGGACAAACGGUGGAGGAGGAAGGUUAUGUGUCGAGAUCUCCAAGCCGCUCGCCUGAUCGCGAUGGGUACGUUUCAAGAAGUCCUUCGCUUUCACCCGAUCGUCUCGCCUCGUCAUCAGCCGUCGACGAAGAAGGUCAAAUAGCGUCAGACCAAGGAGGGUAUAUUUCUCGCUCGCCUUCACGGUCACCUGAUCGUACCUAA